CUCUCGAAGGCCAACGCAACAGCAGCGGCAACAGCUGCCUAGCCGAGAAGCUCUUCCUCCUCUCGAUGGGAGGCGGCUCUACUAGGCUGGGCCGGGCCGAAGAAAGGCAAGCUCCGCCUCCCUCCCUCGCCCAGUCAAGAGCCAGGCGUGCCCAAACCGGGGCAGCGCAGCGCAUUCGCUCCAGGGCCACCAGCCGUGUCGGCGGGAAGCCAGCGUGUGUUCCGUCACCCUCACGUUCUCUCGCGCCCUGGGAGUUUUCUUACGCCUUUCCCUUCGCCUCGUCUCUUUCCGGCAACGGCUCGUUGUGCUGUGAGUCUCUCCUCCUCGCCAGAAGCUGUGCUGGGAUAACGUCGCGUUGUGUGGUGUGUUUGUCUCCGGCUGCCGCGCAAGGAUACCCUGGGAUCCCAAAAGGCGGGCGGCAGCAGCAGCAGCAGCAUUUGGGAAGCGGGUCGUCGUGACAGGACUGAGUUCCUCUUGGACUUCAGCUCGAGCGGGGUCCAGAUGAGUGACUUUGGAAUUGAGAACAUGGAUCAAGUAGCACCUGUAUGCAACGCGUACAGAGGACUGCUCAAGCGGCAACCUGCAUUUGAUAGCUUUGAAGGUGCAAACUCUUUAUUUACUGGAUACUUUCCCUCGUUAAAUGAAGACCAGACACUUCAGGAAGUGCCAACAGGCCUUGAUUCUAUUUCUUAUGAAUCAAACAGCUGUGAACUGCCUCUUUUAACCCCCUGUAGUAAGGCUGUGAUGAGUCAGGCCUUAAAAGCAACUUUCAGCGGUUUCACAAAGGAGCAGCACAGAUUGGGCAUUCCACAUAAUCCAUGGCAAUGGACACAGCAUCAGGUAUACCAGUGGCUUCUCUGGGCUACCAAUGAAUUUACUUUGGCAAAUGUCAACUUUGAGAAGUUUGCCAUGAAUGGCCAGGAAUUAUGCAACUUGGGAAAGGAGCACUUCUUGGAAUUGGCACCAGAUUAUGUGGGUGACAUUCUGUGGGAACACUUGGAUCAGAUGAUAAAAGACAAUGAAGCAAAGCCACAUAAUCAGUAUAUGGAAAACUCCCAUCUCACCUCAUCUCCACACUGGGUUAACAACUCCUCCUCAUUGGGUAUUAAUAUUGAACAAGCACAGUACUGCGCUCAAGUGCCCAGCUAUCCUAAAAUGCUCAGCUAUCAAAAAACCAGCCUUCUGGGAGACAUGUGUCGGACACCUGCUGGACCAAAUCUAGUUACCCCAAAACAGGAAUUUCAGAUGUUUCCUAAAGCACAGCUAGAAACUGUCAAUAUAAACUACUGCUCCAUAAAUCAAGACUUCACAAGAAACAACCUUAACUUGCUGUUGGAUAACUCGGGUAAACCUAGAGAGCAUGAUUCAGGUGACAGUGGCACAGAAAGCUAUGAAGGCUCAGAUUCACUGCUACAGUCCUGGAACAGCCAGUCUUCCUUGGUGGAUGUUCAACGUGUGCCAUCUUAUGAGAGUUUUGAAGAUGAUUGCAGCCAAUCCUUGUGUCUGAACAAACCCACAAUGUCCUUUAAGGACUACAUUCAAGAAAGGAGUGACCCUGUGGAACAAGGGAAACCAGUUAUACCAGCAGCAAUUCUAGCAGGGUUUACUGGCAAUGGACCUAUACAAUUGUGGCAAUUCCUUCUAGAGCUUCUAACUGACAAAUCUUGUCAGUCUUUCAUUAGCUGGACUGGAGAUGGAUGGGAGUUUAAAUUAGCUGACCCAGAUGAGGUUGCACGACGAUGGGGCAGGAGGAAAAACAAGCCCAAAAUGAACUAUGAGAAGCUGAGCCGUGGUCUGCGCUAUUAUUAUGACAAGAACAUAAUUCACAAGACAUCAGGGAAACGUUAUGUAUACCGUUUUGUAUGUGACCUACAGAAUCUGUUGGGAUAUACGGCAGAGGAGCUUCAUGCCAUGUUAGGAGUGCAGCCGGACACAGAAGACUGAGGGUUGCAAUCUUGUAUAAACAUUGGCCAAGAAUACAAGAACACAUGAAUUGGGGCCCUCUUGCAGCAGUCGUUGGCUUUAUCUUCUGACUGUUUGGAGUGGUGCGAUGUUAAGAACCUUAAAGAAGUGACUUUGUAACCAGGGGAAGUGGAAGGAAAGAGAAGUGGCCUUAUUUCAUCAGGCACAAUGACUUCAGAUCUUGCUGUAUCAGUCCUUCUGAGUAGCUAGCGUGGAGGUCAGCACGGUUCCCAGCUGUAACCUGGAGAUAUGAAAUUGCUCCAGGGUUCAGUGUUCUGGUUAUUUAUACUGCCUGUAAUUAAGGGUGUUACCCAUUCCAAAGGCUGAUAGCCAUCAGAAGUUCUAGCUCAAAAACCCCUAAAAUAACUACCUUGCAGAUUCUACAUGGCACGACAUGUCUGACUAAAAGAGACAAGGUUAGAUGUCCUUUAUUUUAACGCAGGUGGUGAGGUGGAUUUGCAUUGGGCAUUCUCUCAAAGUAUGUCCUUAUUCUCUUAUAUACACACACAAACAAGUUGCAUAGCCAGAGUCUCCUGUCAGAACCUGCUGGAGCAAUGGCAGAGAGUCCUCACAAGAAGGGAACGAUCAUACCAUUUCAAAAGUCUGUAUAUUGGGGGCGGGGGAGAGAGGUGUGUGUGUGUGUUUGCGUGUGUGCUCAUUAAUGAUUCUCUGGCAACAUAAUGCUCCUAUUUAAUAGAUAUUGUGUGUUGUAACUUAAGCUAAUGUAAGUGUCUGAAAGAGGAGGCAAGUGGUUUCACCAUGGAGUGGCAGCACCUACCACAUCCUUCAAGGGGGAGUUGAUAAGACACAUGAUAUGUGCCUUUUGGUUGUGCAUAUGGUAUGAUCCAGGGCUGACAGACUGCAGUCUGGGGCAUUAAGGCUCUCCUUUGACUCCUCCUCCAACUGAAAUUAAUGUUUAAAAAAUAUAUUUAUUGAUGACAUCUCUUCUAUGCAUGUCCUUUUAAAAAACAGUUUAUAUAUAAUGCUUUUUUCUCUUUCGGUUGACUGCUGCCCUCCCCUGUAGUGAAUUACACUGAUCAAAAUAUGAAUUCUAUUUUUGAAAUAAUUCUGACUCCUUUUCAGUGAUCAGGAGAAAGCUAUGUAGCAGCUAUUUUUACUGCAAAAACAAAAAACAAAGAAAAAACCACACACCUUCACUGGAAACAUGUAAUUUGUAAGAAAACUAUUUUUUAUCUGAGAUUGAUGUAAACUUAAAUGUAUAAUGUGAGGUUUUUUUAAAAAAUGUUGUAAUAAAACCUCUUGAACCUGUAA